ACGUGCUUCAUCAUGAAAUUCAUGGCACUAAUUGAAUUUUUUAUUGCUCUUAUUUUAUGUACUACUUCCACAAUUUCUGCCACGGUGGAUUGCGAUUUUCCUGCCAUUUUCAGCUUUGGUGCUUCCAACGCUGAUACCGGUGGGUUGGCUGCUGCCUUUCAAGCACCGCCAUUGCCAUAUGGAGAAACUUUUUUCAAUAGAUCAACCGGAAGAUACUCUGAUGGCAGAAUCAUUCUUGAUUUCAUAGCACAAAACUUUGGACUUCCCUAUCUCAGUGCAUAUCUUAAUUCUCUCGGGUCCAACUUCACAAAUGGUGCAAACUUUGCAACAUUUGGGUCAACAAUUAGAAUCCCUACUAGUAUUAUACCUCAAGGUAGACUCAGUCCAUUUUCCUUUCGAAUUCAAUAUAUUCAAUUCAGAGAUUUCAUACCCAAAACAAAAUUCACCAGGGAUCAAGGAGGUAUAUUUGCAACAUUGGUUCCUAAAGAAGAUUAUUUUUCUAAAGCCUUAUACACAUUUGAUAUUGGUCAAAACGAUCUUACGGCUGGCUUCUUUAGUAAUGCGACUAUACAACAAGUCAAUUCUACUAUACCCGAUAUAAUAAACAGUUUCAUAGAUAAUAUCAAGAACAUAUACAAUUUAGGGGCUGUAUCGUUUUGGAUACAUAAUACAGGACCAAUUGGAUGUCUUCCAUUAAUUUUGGCUAAUUUUCCAUCCUCCAUAAAGGAUAGUUAUGGUUGCGCAACACAAUAUAAUGAAGUAUCUCAAUAUUUUAAUUUAAAGUUGAAGGAAGCUUUAACUCAACUUCGUAAUGACCUUCCUCUUGCUGCAAUCACAUAUGUAGAUAUUUACUCUCCUAAAUACUCUCUUUUUCAAAAUCCAGAAAAAUACGGGUUUGAGCUUCCACUUGUGGCAUGUUGUGGCUAUGGAGGAGAGUACAAUUAUAACAUUCGUGUUGGAUGUGGAGAAACCAUAAAUAUAAAUGGCACACAAAGUGUUGUGAGUUCGUGUAAAAAUCCAUCUACGAGAGUGAUAUGGGAUGGGAUUCAUUAUACUGAGGCAGCUAACAAGUUUGUCUUUGAUCAAAUCUCUACUGGAUGUUUUACGGAUCCUCCCAUUUCCUUAAAUAUGGCAUGUAAAAGAAAGUUCACUUGAAGUUAAUGAGCUUUGUAUUUCAAGAA